CACACACCCACCUCUCUAAUACACUGGGUUAAGGGCAUCAGGAGCAUUCUUCCCGGACAUGUGCCCCUGUCACUCAUACACAGACAGGCACACAACCACACCACACCACACACCCAGUUGUGUUUCCACUGUGUCCUCUGUGUUCCCAGCACAAGACUGGCACUCUGCUCUGUUGGUCUUGUCAACGCAGCCCUCCUCCGCCCGUCUGUCUCUGCAGCUUGGAGCAAAGACUUGAACAAUAUCACUGAAUCACCUGCAGCUCUGUGACGUUUUCUGUGGAUUUAAUUUUUUUCAAGUGUUAAAAACCCACUGAUUGUCUUUGUUUUUGGUGGAAGAAACAGCAGAGACAAUCAUCCAGUGUGGAUUUGUAGUUUAGAAGAGGUCCUCUGUGUGGCUGUGUAAGUCUUCCAAAAUGGCGCCCGUGAAAGGCUGGAUGGUGGGGCUCCUGCUGGUCCUCCUGUGCCCGUCCCAGGUCCCGCUCCCUGGACUGGUGAGUGCCCAGGACGUGGCUGAAGCAGAGGAAGGCCUCCAUGCCAGAGAUGUUGAAGAGGUUGUGGCUGAGGAGAGCGAAACCGCUGAGGGUGAUGAUGACGCAGGUGAGGAAGAAGAACAGGUAGAAGAGGAUGAUGAGGGAGAAGCUGAUGAACAAGAGGAAGAGGAGGGUGAGGAAGAGGAAGAAGAGGAUGCUGAGGAGGGUGAAGAGGAAGAAGAGGAUGCUGAGGAGGAGGAGGAGGCUGCCAAUGAGGAAGAGGAGGAGGAUGAUGAGGGAGAGGAUGAUGAUGAUGAUGAGGAGGAAGCGGAGGCUGAUGAGGCAGCAGCUGAGGAUAAUGAUGAUGAUGAUGAGGAGGAGGACGAGGAGGAAGAGGCUGCCGAUGAGGAAGAGGAUGAUGAUGAUGAGGAGGAAGAGGAAGAGGAGGCUGGUGAGGCAGCAGCUGAGGAUGAUGACAAUGAGGAGGAGGAGGGGGAGGCUGCAGAUGAGGAAGAGGAUGAUGAUGAUGAGGAGGAGGAGGAGGAGGAGGGGGAGGCUGCAGAUGAGGAAGAGGAUGAUGAUGAUGAGGAGGAGGAGGAGGAGGAGGGGGAGGCUGCAGAUGAAGAGAAUGAUGAUGAUGAUGAGGAGGAGGAGGAGGAGGAGGAGGAUGAGGCAGCAGAAGAGGAGGAAGAGGAGGCUUCUGAGGAGGAUGACGAGGCACCUGAAGGAGAGGAGGUAGCUGAGGAGGAGGAGGAUGGUCAUGAUGAUGAUGACUCUGAGGAAGAGGAUGCAGCUGAGGCAGAGGAGGAUGACGAUGAGCUUGAAGAUGAGGACACAGCAAAUGAGACAACUGAAGAGGAGCCUGCUGACGACAUCCUGGAAUACCGCUCUGGCUCUUUGUGUAGUGUGUGCUCCAUCUGUGAGCACUGCUCUAAAAACUGCGACCAAUGCCCCUGUGAAGACGGAGAUGAGUCGGAACACUGUGAGAUCUGCCAAGAAUGCUCAUCCUGCUACAUCUGCCCGAUACUGUGUGACACAAUUUGCACACCAGGUGGCCUUGUUGAUGAGCUCAGUGGCUCUCUCUUUCAGACUGUGGCUUCUUUUCUCUGAGCAACCCGGAGACUGCGCCCUUUAACACCACCCUGUGGUAGCAUGAGGUACUGCGCCCAGGAUUGGCGCUGUCCGGCUGUUCAUACCUCUCCAGCAACAUGAGGACUCCCACAAGAGCUUGUCAUGAGUCUGACAGCUGACUGAAACACAAAAACACAUUUAGGUUUUAGCACAUGUUUAGGUAUGAUUUUUAAUUUGUAAUGAGAGCUGAAAAACAAUUAUAGAGUCUUUUAUUUAUUGAAAACAGCCUAGCUGAGGCUAUUGCAUAAUUUCUAAGGACUCUUUUUUUUGCAGGAUCAUUUUUGUAAAACAGUUUUUGUUGAGCUAUAAUUUUAGUAGGUCUAUCUUGUUGGAGGGAAUUUGUAGAAAUGCACUGGAAAAUCUGCUGCUCGUGCAAGAGCGUAACUUUGGUCUGAAAAGUGUUUGGUGGGAAGGCUGUAGGGUUCCUCUCCUUGGAAAAAAUCAGCGAUUUGCAUCUCAUUUUCGACAUUUCUACAUAUAUUUUAGGACUUCAAAAUCUGGGAAAUAAUUAUGUUGGUGUUAUCAUGCUAAAAUCUGCCAGAAUAGUGCUAAAUAUAUAUGGCAUUUUUUGAGUAUAUCAGAGCCAAAUCAGCAGCCUAAUACACAUUUUCAGUCAGAAUCUGACAGCUGGCCAAACAGUAGUAUAUUAAGCAAGAUUUAUGUUGUUAGAAAAUAACGUGUUUUUUGGGGAUGGUAUCACUUAUUCUUUUUUUACAGCAAAAUUUCACACGUGUCAAUUCAAAAACAGCUUCUACAAUGCUCCCACUUCUCAUCUGGUAAUACAUUUCUCCUUAUCUGUAAAAUUUGGUUCAAUGUAGGCGGCAUGUACAUCACAUGCACAGGUUAUACCUGUCUCAAAUUUGCUUCUAAUUAGCUGUUUUUGCUAUGUUUACUUUUAGUUUUCUAUGACUUUGAAGGUAUUUCUACUAUUACUUUUGUGCAUAUGCUCGUGACAACGGCUCAACUCUAAAACUGCAGUUGAUGUCAAAUAAAAAAAAAUGUCAGUAACUUAAAAUACAGCAUAUUUAACUCACAAAUGUGCCUGUAAAGUUAGGUAUUUUGCUUUAGCCUUUGUGAUAUACAUGCUGUAAAUUCUAAAUGGUGAACGAUAAUGAAUUGGGUUUAGACAGAAAAGUUGUUCGGUGACUUUUAGUUUAGAGUAUGAAUACAUUUUAGUGUAGAAAGAGCAUAACAAGUGCAGUAAGCUACAUGUAUUGCUGUUUCUGGAAUAAAUAACAUCUGUUCACCCUUUCA